AUGGAGGUAUGUGUCAAUUAUUUUAUUGAAAUGCAGGCAUGUAUCAACUAUUUUAUUGAAAUUAAGGUAUGUGUCAGCUAUUUUAUUGAAAUGAAGGCAUGUAUCAACUAUUUUAUUGAAAUUAAGGUAUGUAUCGACUAUAUUAUUGAAAUGGAGGCAUGUAUCAACUAUUUUAUUGAAAUUAAGGUAUGUAUCGACUAUAUUAUUGAAAUGAAGGUAUGUGUCAGCUAUUUUAUUGAAAUGAAGGCAUGUAUCAACUAUUUUAUUGAAAUUAAGUAUACGGAACAGUUAUGUCUGGAGAACUUAUUUUUCAGUAUUAUCGAAAUACAGGUAUGUGAAUUAGAUUUAACUCACACAUCAAGUACCGUAAAGAUAGGUGAAUAUAACUUCUUAUUUCAGUAUCAUAUACGUAAGUAUCAUACACGUAAGUAUCAUAAACGUAAGGUAUGUGAGUAA